AUGCCCUCGGCGACGUGGCUCACGCGGUCUUAUUGGGACGCCCUGUCACCAAUCCGGCAGCUCGAGCGCGCGUCCUCGUCGUACAGCGGGCGCGCACACGGCGCCAACACCUCCUCCUCGACGACCGCGCCUCGAGGCUAUCAGCCGCCCCGCUCCGCCACUCCCCGCGACUCGCCAGCACCCGCCGAGCCCCCUGUGCCCGUUCGGAGGCACGUGGGAAUCGUGCGAUCGCACGAGCGCCCGAGCGCGUCGAACGCGCGGCCCUCGGCGCUCGAUCGUCGCGCCGACUCUCACCGCGACCCCCGUCUUCCACCUCUCUCGCCCUCAGUCGACCACUCGUCCCGCCGACCGGGCUGCGAGGAUGCGCAAAGGUUCCGCGCUCCUCGCAGCCAACCGGCCCCGGCUCACUCCGCGAGCGAAAACCACCGCGUGCGCUCGCGACGCGAAGACGGCCGACCCGCCCGCAGCGCGAUGCACAACGGGACGGCUCAAGUCCACACGCAAAAGGACACCCCGAGCCGUCAAACGCGAGCGCCGCGCGGCGCGAGCACGAACAACCACGGAGACUCGCAGGGGGAGCUCGUGGGAGGAUCGCUAGCCAGGCAAACGGCCGAGUGGGGACGAGGUCGAGCGAGCAGGGAUGUUCCGGUGAGCACGCCCAGUCAUCAGCCCUUGGGGCUCCAUCCUGCGCCCCAUCCGCGCGCGCACACUCUCCCGCUCGACUCUCCACCACUCUCGCUCCCUGGCCGCCCCGCGACGCGUCAACCCGCCCCGGCAUGCGGCCGUCAAGACCGCUACGAGGGUGAGCGAUACCGCGCCCUUCGUAGCGAUGGGGCUGCCGCGAGUGAAGACCAUCGCGCCGGCGAGCGCGCUCGACGCGAAGACGACCAUCGCGCCGGCGAGCGCGCUCGACGCGAAGACGACCGAACCGCCCGCAGCGCGACGCGCAACGCGCCGGUCCACGCCCACGCGCAACGCGACGCGCCGCCGACACGAGCGGUCUCGCCGCACCCGUACGGGCAAGCCCCAACGCGCACGCACCACACGCGCGAGGCCCAGGAUGAGGAACCGCCCGCCCGCGCCCUCUCGCCUCGCUCGCGCGGGCGAGCCGUCGUGCGCGCACACCACGAGCGCGAGGCGCAGGCCGCCGCUGCGGCUUGGAGGGCCCAUCAAGCGCAGUACUCGACGGAGCGCAGGCCCGCCGCGCAAACGGCGCCCACGAACAGCGCGCCCGGCGCACGCAAGACGGCCUCGCAGGACGCGUCGAUGCGCGCGUGGACGACUCACCGCGAAGGAAGGGGCAGGGAGGUUAGCAGAGAGGAGUGGAGAGUCAGCACGACUCUGGUGAGUGCUCCAGCCCUUCACCUUCCACCGUCCUCUCCACCGCCCUCGCCCUUGCCCGUGCCAGUACAUGCCGCGGUUCUGCGUGCCAAGCUCGCUCCUCCCUCUACCCUGCGCGUGCAUCGUGCGCUAGCCCCCUCUCCCGUCGUCCUCGCACCCCCGGAACGCCCUCGUUGGCCGCCGUCUCCUGCACGCUCGCCAUCGCGCGUGCGCUCCGCGGCUCCGCCCGUUGCCCUCGCUCCACUCGACGCACCAUCGCCCAGGCUUCCAGCGCAUCGUGCUCGCGUCUCACCCGCUGACUCGUCCCCGACCUACGGCCUUGCGCCCGCGUCCGCUCCGUACGCGCGCCCUCUCGUGCUCGACGCUCCGUCGCCCGAGGUUCCGCCCACCGCCGGCGCACUCUCGCCGCGCUCGCACGCGCGAGUCGUCGUACGCGCGCACCACGAGCGCGAAGCGCAGGCUGCGGAAGCUGCGUGGAGGGCACAUCAGGCGAAGUACCCGUCGGGGCGUACCUCCAUCGUACAAGUCACCCCGACACGCUUGUCUGGGGGGCCCUCUCCAGACUCUCCGCCCUCUCCACGCUCUCGUCCUGCGCGCCCGCCCUCGCGCGACUCGUGCGUACCCGCCGAAUGCACUCGUCGCCCUCCGUCGUCUCCCGCUCUCCCGGCGCAUCGCGUUCGCGCUCCUCCGGCCGACGUGCUCCCGCCUGCCGACUCGCUUCCCCCGUCGCGCCAAGGCGAUACGCUCGCGCCCGCUGAGCGCAUCCCCCGCCGGCCGGUCUCCCCGUCUUCGUCCAACGCGCAUCUGCGCUCGCGCCGCCCGGUCGCCGUCCCAUCCCCGUCUAACAGCCUGGCGCCUUUGUCCCGCAAGCACGACGGCUCGCCUACGCAUCAAGCCGACCCCGAGGGUGUGCGAUACCGUGCCCCUCCCGGUUACUCGGCCGCCUCAGGAGACGGGGAACCGCACGCCCGCGCCCUCUCGCCGCGCUCGCAAGCGCGAGCUGUCAUACGCGCACACCUCGAGCGCGAAACUCUCGCCGCUGUGCAAGCCGCGAGUGCACGCGACUCAGGGUACUCGACGGAGCACGCACCUGCCAUGCAAGCUGCUUCGACUCGCUCGUCUGGGGGGCCCGCACGCGCAUCCGCAACAGGGAGGGACGGCAGACCGACGGGUGAGCGGGAGGGGAGCACCGCUAUGGGUAUGUCCGUCCAUCGGCCUUCGCGACUCCUCUCUCCGCCUCCUCCCCGCGCACAUCCCGCGCACCGCCCUCCCUCGCACGACUCGUGCGGGCACGUCGAACGCACCCGCCACCCUCCGCCGUCGCCCGCUCCUCCGGCGCAUCGCGCGCGCACCCCGCCUGCCAACGCGAUUCAGCCGGGGCGCAGUCCUCGCGCUGGCAUGCCUUCGCCUUCGUCUGGCGUACCCGCACCUGUGCCGCGCAAACGCGAUGGUCCACCAAUGUGUCAAAACCCGCACCCGAAUGCAGACGGCACGCUCGGCAGGCACGCCCCUCCCUCCGUCGUGUCCUCCGAAGCUCGCGCCUCCCCCGACUCUGCGCGCCUGGCUACCGCCUUUCGCCCCAGUCUCUCGACUGCACGCAAGACGUCAAGCUCGGAUGACUUACGGGAUGGCUGCCGGGUUGUGCGAGAUCCCCGCUCGCCCGGUAGCCUCCCCUCGUCUGCCUCAUCUUGCAGACUGGUGCCGGUGUCUACGCCAUGCUUUCGCCAUCUGCCCGACACACUCGUGCCCAUCCCUCCAUCCCGCGAGGAGGAGCCAGACUUAGCUGGGUUAGAUGUGGAACUCGUGCGCAGGGUUCGGCAGGUCCGCGCGCGUUCGCGCCUCGUCACGGAGGACUCUCCCGAGUCAGCGGCCAUUGCAGACGAGGAAGCUGCCCUACGGCGCGAAAUCUGGCAGGCUCGAGCCCGUGCGCGCCUCGCUCCACACCUCAUCUGA